AUGAAUUCUGACUCCAGCUCCGUCUCCAGCAGAGCCUCCUCGCCGGACAUGGACGAGAUGUACCUGCGGGAGCACCGCCACCACCACCACCACCACCACCCGGAGAGCCGCCUCAACCCCGUCUCUUCCACGCAGGGCGACCUGGUGCAGAAGAUGGCCGGGGAGGGCCUGGCCCGGGGAGGCCCCAAGGCGCAGGGGGAGGGCGGCAAGUACAAGAUCAAGAAGCAACUCUCGGAGCAGGACCUGCAGCAGCUGCGGCUCAAGAUCAACGGGCGGGAGCGCAAGCGGAUGCACGACCUCAAUCUGGCCAUGGAUGGGCUGCGGGAGGUGAUGCCCUACGCGCACGGCCCCUCCGUCCGGAAACUCUCCAAAAUCGCCACCCUGCUGCUGGCCAGAAACUACAUCCUGAUGCUCACCAGCUCCCUGGAGGAGAUGAAACGCCUGGUGGGGGAGAUCUACGGUGGCCACCACUCGGCCUUCCACUGCGGCACCGUGGGCCACUCCGCCGCCGCGCACCCGCCCCACGCAGCCGGAGCCGUGCACCAGGUGCACCCCAUCCUCGGCGGGGCCCUCUCCUCCGCCAACGCGUCCCCGUCGCUGCCAGCCUCGCUGCCGGCCCUGGGCACCAUCCGGCCGCCCCACUCCCUGCUGAAGACCCCCUCCACUCCCCCCGCGCUGCAGCUCGGCGGCGGCUUCCAGCACUGGGCCGGCUUGCCGUGCCCCUGCACCAUCUGCCAGGUGCCCCCCCCGCCUCACCUCUCUGCCCUCUCCGCCUCCGGCAUGGGCCGGAUCUCGGCGGACACCAAGGACCUGCUGAAGUGA